AUGGAUAGCAAUAGUAACACAAUCAUAGAUGCAAAGAUUUAAUACCUCCUAAAAGUUGGAACUAAAAAAUAAGAAAUGCAACAAAACGAAAGAUAUAUUAUAGAUUUAUAAAAAACAGAACAUUAAAUCUAAUAUAAGCAAUAAAAAGAAGAUUUCUAAGAUUAUUAGAAAAAUGUUAACUUACAAGAAGGUAAUGAUCCAAUUUUAUUUUGUGACAAUAUUGUAGUGUUUUACUUAUUACCAACAAUGUCACUUGUUAACUCAAAGUAAGAUUAAAAUAAAACUGUUUAAAAGAAUAUUUAAUUAAGAGAAAUAUGCAAGAAGUAUAAAUUAAGCAAUAAUUUACAAAUGGAUGUCAAACAUUUGAGAAAGCCUUAACAAUUAAAUAGUAAAGAUUCUGAAGAGAAGAAAUAAAUAAGGAAAAUUAUAUAAAAUAAUCCAAAGAUUAUGGAGUAGUAUAAUUAGGUUAUUUAUAAUACUAGAUUUGAAAAUUAUUAAACAGAUAUUAGUUACUAUGAUAUGAAGAUAGAAUGGUUUCUUAAAUAACUUCAACAGUUUUAAGAAUAACCAACUCAUACAAUAUUAACUAAUUAAAAUGUUGUAGGUGAUAAUUGUCUCACUUACAUUACAAAUUAAUACGGUUUUACUACUAGACAUAAGCUUUAUAACAAAUUCGUUUGUUAACUUACAUCAAAUUCUGUGUAAAAGAAAUGUUUUAAUAACCAUCUUAUUGAUAUAUUUAAUAGUGAUUGA